AGCUCUGGGGGUCCCAUGGGAUCGCGCUUGGGACAUGCUGCUGCUGCUGGUGGUGGCCCUGACCCGGACACGGGAUGGCCAGGAGCCAGGCGGUGGCUGGGACAGGGUGGGGCGAUACAUUUACCAGUGCAGGGCUUUUCAGUCACUGGGCUGAAACUGAAACGAGCUGCAGGGCCAGGCCAGGCGUUAGCUGUGCGGCGGAGCAACGCAGGACACAGUGCCGCCAUGGAGCUGGGGAACAUCUCGCAGCCCGUGUACGGCCCCGGCCUCGAGGAGCCGAGCAGCAACACGCCGGGGCUGGUCCGCAUGGUGCACGGCUUCCUGCGCAUGGUGCAGCCCCACGGCCUCCCCUUGGAGCUAAUAGCAGAUCUGGCACAGACACAGAACGAGGUGGAGACCGAGGAGCUUAUAAAGGAGGUUCUACUUUACGAGCUGGGCUUCCUGGUGUGCGCUGCCAUCGGGCUGCUCUUCGUGGUGGUGGUGCCCGUGGUGGGAUGCUGCUUCUGCUGCUGCCGAUGCUGCGGGCGCUGCGGGGGUCGCAUGUCCCAGAAGCGGGACCGGUGGACGCGCAGCCGACGCCGUGUGCUGUACAGCGCCGUGCUGCUGGUGUCGGCGCUCGUGCUGGCCGGCGAUGUGUGCGCCUCCAUCAGCAGCGUCCGCUUCUCGCAGUCCGUGAGAAGCGCCUUCCUCAACAUCGACAGCACCGUGCACGACCUCCGCUCGUACCUGCUUUCCAUCCCCCAGCAAGUCAGCUUUGUCAUCGACAGCAGCAACGUCCCGUUGGGCAACACCAAUAACAGCCUGCAGAACAUCGGGCCCCUCCUGGGCGGCAGCAUCGCCUCCAGGAUCAGGAGCAGCACGGAUGAGGCAGUGGGAUCCCUGCACAGCCUUCUGGGAGCGAUGGAGAUGCUGGCGUCCACCUUUGGCACCAUCAACAGCACCCGCCAACGCCUGGAGGAGCUACAGGGCACCUAUGAUGGGCAGCUGGGCACACUGCGAGAGAGCAUCAAGAGCACCCUGCAGCGCUGCGGGCAGCCCUGCAGCACCACCUCACCCAACGGUGUGGCCUUCAGGGCCAACUACAGCACAGUGCCCGGUGUGGAGCAGCAGCUGGAGGCGCUGCGGGAUGUGCUGGACAGUGGCAUAGAGGGGGACUUGGAGGUGAUCAGCGUGCUGGAGCAGACCCCCAGAAAGGUGCAAGAGCAGUCUCAGGACAUGGUGACACGGACCCAGGAGCAGCUGGGUCACAUCAGGCAGAAGAUUCGCGACAUGCAGGACCAGAUGCCUCUGCAAAAUGUGGAGGAGAGUGUCGGGAACCUGGUGAACCAAACCAGUGCCUGGCUGGGGGAAAACCAGAACACCAUCACCAACUUGGAUGGGAUCAGGUGGGGCGUGUGUGUCCUGCUGUGCUGCAUGGUGCUGCUGGUGGUCCUGUGCAACACCUGCGGGCUGCUGCUGGGACCGCUGGGGCACAAGGAGAGCACGCCGCCCACCCAGCGCGGCUGCCUCUCCAACACUGGAGGGAACUUCUUCAUGGCAGGGGUGGGCUUCAGCUUCAUCUUCUCCUGGCUGCUGAUGCUGCUGGUGCUGCUCACCUUCUUCCUGGGAGGGAACAUCUAUAUGUUGGUCUGUGAGUCCUGGCGCAGCCAGCAGCUCUUCCAGCUGGUGGAUAGCCCCGGCCUCAUCCCUGGCUUCAACUUCUCGGAGGUGCUGGGUGACGAGAGUGGCACCGUCAACUUCUCGCAGAUCUACAGGCAGUGCCAGCAAGAUGCUGCCCUAUGGCAGACGCUGCACCUGGACCAGAGGGUGUCCUUGGAUGAGCUCCUGAACAUCAGCCAGUACACAGAGAAGAUCUCAGUGGAUUUCCAGAAGCUGAACAUCACCCUGACCCCCUUCUCUGUGCUGAACGAGAGCCAGAGGGAGCUGCUGCUGAAUGCCUGCCGCGAUGCACAGCCCCCCAACUUCACCCACACCCUGCAGCAGCUGGAUCAGGGCAUCACGGUGGGCAGCCUGCAGGAUCUGGCCGUGGAGCUGGAGCAGCUGGUGCACAACGCGGGCACAAAUGUGCAGGAGGAGCUGAAGGCAGAAGCUGCUGAGCUGUGGGAGAUGGACAAGAAGCUGAACAACAGCUUCUCAGGGCUGCUGAAAACCCUGAAGGAGAACAUCCAUCUGGCGCAGAGCCAGGCUGCCCAGCUCGAGGCACAGACAAACUCCACGUUGGACAAAGCCAGCACCACACAGGAGUUCCUGGGGAGGGAGAUGGGGAACAUCAUCAAGAAUGAGACCUGGGCCUUUCUAGAACAGUUGCUGGGCUUCUUUGAGACCUAUAUUGACUGGGCCAAGAUCAGUCUGAGGACGGACAUGGCACGCUGCAAGCCCAUAGCCCAGAGCCUGGAUAACGUGGAGGCCAUCGCCUGUGACCACAUCCUGGACUCUAUGAAUGCCUUCUGGUUCAGCCUGGGCUGGUGCACUGUGUUUCUGCUGCCCAGCAUCAUCCUGUCCGUGCGACUCGCCAAGUUCUACCGCCGCAUGGACAUCGAUGACAGUUACAGGAAUGAAGCUGUGGAGAUAGGACCCGCAUUCAACCUGUACAAAAUCCCCCGGCCAGCUACAAGGCAUUAGCCUCCAUCCCCACGGCACAGGCACUGAGGAUACUGAACAUGACAGCUCUGCCUGCUGCACCAUCUCCCUUAGUGCUGGGAGCCCCCCCCCACUUCCCAAUAAGUGGACACGUGCUGCAGCUGGGAGGCAGCCUGCAGAGGGGAGGUGUGCCCUUUGCACUGGAGCAGCAGAGCGCCUCCCCCAUGGCUUAUUGCAGCUAUGCUGUAGUGUGGGGUUGGGCCAGGAUCCCCCCCACCAUGUGCACAAAGGCAGAUGCUGCUGGUUGAGGGGAACCUGCUUACCCAAGCCCUUCACUCCAUAAGAAAUGUGAGUAUUUAUCUGUGCAGGGAGCCUGACUCUCCAAUGCUGUGAUUUGGUGUGUAAAGCAAUAAAUGAGGUGACCGCA